GCGACGCGGCCGCGGCCGACCGCUCCGCCGUCCACCGCUCCCCUAUCAUCUACAUUGCUCCUUAAGCAAUUUCUACUCCUCGCUUCCGCCGACUCGCGGCCUCGCGCGUAAGGUCUAUCUCCGCCAAAUCAUUGUCCCUUCUGCUCCCGUUCCCAGCGAUGAUGCCGACGACUGCUCUUCAGCCACAUCGACGCCGAUGCCAACGACGGUGUCGAGCUUCAGACCUCCAUCCAACAGGGCUUGCACGUGCGGGGGCUCAUCAGCUCAGGAGCGUCCGGGUCCGGCUAAUCCAGCCUUUCUGUAUAUGGUAUGCCUUCUCUUUGGGCUCUCCUUCCUGAGGACGAAACCGCUGCUUGCACACGAUGUUGUGCGCUCUCCGAUGAAUGGCAGCCAGCCAGGUGCUGCCCAUCUUCUAUGCUCAAGUCCUGCUACCAGUGAAAACUCGCCAGGUGCUUCCUGUUGGAAAUAUUUAUGUUAAGAUAAGAUGUGAUCUUCACUGUUAAGGAAAGCAUUUAAACUACCUAAACAUGAUUAGGAAAACCUAAUGACAAAACCCUAAUGGGUUGUGAUCAGCAGGCUCAUUAGGCCUGUUUCCUGAGGCUGGCCCCAGCCCCACAGUGCCUAUAAAUAUAAGGUCGUGGUUAGCACCUUAUAAUCACGUUGUUCUCAAAACCCUAGCCGCCAUGUCUGAUCGCUAACGGCACUGGAGGGGUUUGGAAGGCCAAGCACUCGCGGACAGUGUCGUUGGCGACAAGGACACCGCUACCUUGCUGCAUCAUCUACACUGACAAGAACGCCUACUUCCUCUACGGUUCAGGCGCCAUCAACUCAGGAGGCAUUAAUGACUGCUGCUACUGCUAACGCUAGUAUAAUAAUCUACCAAUUUUCCGCAUUAGAUUGAUCUGUCAUGAACUAGAUUAUGUAAAGAUCCUGGGUUAUGUGCUGCUAAUGUUGAUUAAGCAAUUAAUUUAAUCUUACAAUCGGUAUCAUGAGCCAUCUUAAUCUUGUCAUGUGGGGCCGCCAUUACCAGCGCCCACCCCUCAUGCAAGCCAAUCCAGGCGCCCCGCAUGCAGGCCAAUCCAGGCGCAGCUGAUGGCGCGCAGCAACAGGAGGCGCCAGGGUCAAGUGGCUAGGCGCCGGUUUAGGCUUGAUUAUAGGGAUUACCUUCCAGUUUGUUAGGGAUUUCUUUCCUGUUUGUUAGCAGGCUGGCCAAGUGCCUAUUUAAUGGUUGUACCGAUCACUCUUGAGGAUUAAGCAAGAUCAAUUUACUCCCUAAACCUAUCUCUCUACUCUUAAUCUCACUCCCUUCACCAUUGCGCACAUUCGGAGAAGAACUCCGGCGUGCCUACCUCCUCCGGCUACGAACUCCGUAGCCGCGGGCCUGCCGUCUUGGGCAUCAACGCCGUUGAUAACCUGGUAUCAACUUCCAGGCGCUCCUCGUCAUCCAUCACACCACCAAACCCCACCGCGCCACCCUCACCAUUGCCCUCCGUCCACUCAAUGGCCGAACCCACCCUGGCUGAGCCCGCGGCCAUGACCCGCAAGCUGACCACGAACCUGGACACCCUCCAGGCCAAGGUCGACGCGAUCCAGCAGGAACGCAUCUCGGACGCCUCGGCGUCGGGCACCAAGUCGCCGGCCAUGGGCGAACACCACCAAGAUCGGCCCCCUCGGUUCUAGAAGUUGGACUUCCCCAAGUAUGACGGCAAGUCGGAUCCCCUCGUCUUCAUCAACCGGUGCGAAUCCUUCUUCCGCCAGCAGCGCAUCGUGCCCGAGGAGCAGGUCUGGAUGGCGUCCUACAACAUGGACGAUGUCGCCCAGCUCUGGUUCAUGCAGGUCUAGCAGGAAGAGGGCACCCCCUCGUGGCGCCGCUUCACCGAGCUCCUCAACCUGUGGUUCCGAUCCAACCCCCUUGGUGAGUUGGUGGCGUGCAAGAGGACGGGCUCCAUCGUCGACUACCAGGGCCACUUCGAGGCGCUCCUGCCCACCGCAGGCUACUUGUCCGAGGCCCAGAAGGUGCAGAUCUUCACCGCCGGACUGCAGCCGCCCUUUAGCCUUGAUGUCGAGAUCCACAACCCCCAGUCCCUCGCUGUGGCCAUGAGCCUCACCCGCAAACUGGAGCUCCGCAACCAGUGCCCUGCACCAGUGCUGCGGUCCGCGCGCGAUCAACAGAGGGGCAUUCUGCUGGCGCCAAUCCCGCGCCUAGCACUCUCGGCCCCCGCGUCGGCGCCAGCACCGACAGCAGCGCCGGUCACCGUUGAAGGCCGACAGGUAAAACGCCUCUCGCAGGGAGAGAUGGAGGAGCGUCGAUGCCUGGGCCUCUGCUUCAACUGCAAUGAGAAGUUUGAGAGGGGCCAGAACCGUGUCUGCCAGUGCAUCUUCCUCCUCGACCUGGCGCCGGGUGAUGACGAUGGGGCCUCCGAACCCGAUGAGGCCGCGGCCGGCGAACCCCAGAUCUCCCUCCACGUGAUCGCCGGCGUACAUACCAGCGAGACGAUGCAGAUGCGCCUCACGCUGGGCGGCGUCUCCCUUCUCGCCCUCAUCGACUCUGGCUCCACGCACAACUUCAUCGCCGAGGAGGCGGCCGCCCGUACCAUGCUCCCACCACCCCUCCUCGGCCAGCUGCGAGUCACGAUGGCCAAUGGCAAGCGGGUACCGUGCCACGGCGUGUACCUCAACGUGUAAUUCACCAUCGACAAGGAGGCUUUCUCUGCACGGUCUACUGUUAAGCCAUGUUUUGCCUCUGACCUAUUGGUUUAGAUGCAAAUUGUUUCUGCAAUAAAGUUUUGAUGUCUCUGCAGAAAAGUUUUCAUGCAUGCAGUUAUGUUUUGCACGCAAUUAGAUCUAAUUGAUGUUUAAUUAAGUUUCUGAAUGCGUGAUUAGAUCUAAACCAUGCCUAAUUAGUUUCUGAUCAUGAAAUUAGAUCUAAUCUAAGUCAGUUAGGCCAAACUUAAGUUAAAUCUUGAUCUGUUUAAGUAUAAGUGUAUCAGAUUAGAUGCAAAUGAUUAUGUUAAUACUAAUUCAUGACUAACCGAGGCAAAUUAAGAUUUAAUUUCAUGAUUAGGGUUCUAGGGUUUUGGCUACUUAAUGUGUUCUCCCAAAUUAGCCCGCUGUUAAGUUAAAUUUCGCAAAUUUGAAGUCAGAUCCAUGAAACUAGAUGCAUCAGUAGCAUUGAGAAGAAGGGGAAUGGCAAAAUUUCAGUUGCAUCAGUAAAAUCCACAAAUUCGCCAAACCCUAACCCUAAGAUUGAAGGAGUCCUUACCUGUAUGGCCAUGAGUAUGCUUGCUGCCAUGAGCGAGCACCAUGGCAAGGCUUCCCCAAUGGAGCUGCGCGCGACUCGGUUGCACGCAGCGCCGGCGGGAAGGCUCGCCAAGGUGCAAGGAGGCAGCGGCAAAGAGGUGCAAGGAUCCUCGACGCCCUGCUAAUGCUCAACUUUCCCACCUAUGACGGCAAAGAGGACCCCCUAAAUUGGCUCAACCACUGCGAGCAGUUCUUCCGGAGACAGCGUACGCUUGCCUCGGAUCAGGUCUGGUUCGCCUCAUACCAUUUGGUGGGCGCAGCUCAGUCCUAGUACUACGCCCUGGAGCAAGACGAGGGUGUGCCGUCGUGGGAGAGGUUCAAAGACCUCUGUCACCUACGCUUUGGUUCGGCCGUCCGCACAAAUCGCCUCGCUGAACUGGCUCAGCUGCCCUUCCACUUGACGGUGCAGGACUUCCAGGAGCGCAUCAACGCACUGGUGUGCCGCACACCACAUCUACUGCAGAGCUAGAAGGACGACCUAUUUGUCGGGAGCCUCCCUGAUAACAUCUAGGUCGACGUCAAGUUGUUAGUGCUCCAGGAUCUACAGUCGGCCAUGCACCUAGCUCGGGCCUAUGAGCGCCGCGCUGCA